AGUAAUUGGGCUGAGUUUGGUUGCUGAUGAUGUACACGGGUAAGAGAACCCCGACCCGACCCGACACGGAACAAUUAGAUCCGCGUCUCUCUCUCGCUGGCUUACUCAAAGGAGCUGCAAUAAAACAACGAAUAAACCAAUUCUAAAUUUCAUAGAAUCGAUCAUCUAUGGCGGUGAUUACUCCAGCUACACGUUUCGCGCCGCCGCUGAAUCGGCCUUUUCACCGCCGGUCGACACUCGCCUCGCUUCAUUGCUCCUCUAAGAACUUCCUCUUCCUCGGAAAACCCACUCCGAGCUCGACGAUCGUCGCGGUCCGGUGCCAGAAACCUGUUUCCGACGGGAUUAGCUCUAUGGAACCCAUGAAUCAUGUCUCUUCCGCUGCAUCUUCUGUUUCCUCUUCGAUCGAUUUCUUAACGUUGUGCCAUCGGCUCAAGACAACAAAGAGAAAAGGGUGGAUUAAUCAGGGGAUAAAUGGACCUGAAUCAAUUGCUGAUCAUAUGUACCGUAUGUCUCUAAUGGCACUUAUAGCUGGUGAUCUUACGGGAGUUGACAGAGAAAGGUGUAUAAAAAUGGCAAUUGUGCAUGACAUCGCUGAAGCUAUUGUUGGAGAUAUUACACCAUCUGAUGGUGUGCCUAAGGAAGAAAAGAGUAGGAGGGAGAAAGCAGCUUUAAAAGAGAUGUGUGAGGUUCUGGGUGGAGGCCUCAGAGCGGAGGAGAUCACAGAACUUUGGCUGGAGUAUGAAAACAAUGCUUCUUUAGAAGCAAAUCUAGUAAAAGACUUUGAUAAGGUUGAGAUGAUUCUCCAGGCGCUAGAAUAUGAAGCUGAACACGGGAAAGUGCUUGACGAAUUUUUCAUAUCGACAGCAGGCAAGUUUCAAACCCAAAUUGGAAAAAGCUGGGCCGCUGAAAUCAACGCUAGGAGAAAAAGCCAGUUGACAAACAGACAGAGAUAGUAAACUCCAGUUGCAUCAUACCUUUUUAGUUAUCUCCCUCAACCCACUCAACGGUAGAAUCCCCAAAACUAAGCAGACACCUCUUGAGCCAAAAGGUACAAGCUUCUAGUGAAAAUUUCAGUUUUGUAGUUCAACGAACACAAGUCCCGGUUUUGACCUUCCCUUAUGGUUUUACUAGUUUGAAGUAGGUCCAGACUUUUAGACAUUCUGGUUAACAUGAACUACGAACUCAAGAAUAUGCUUGUUUUUUUUUUGAGAAAAGUGAUCACACAGUUUCUCUUAUUAAAAUCUUGAUUCGAGCUUCCUAA